GAGCAAACACCAAGACGCCAGAUGCAGAGGAGGAGACCUCCCCUCCGAGUGCCCCUUCGAGGCAGAGGACGCCGUCCGCCUCGGAGGAGGCGAAGCCGGAGACGGAGGAGGCUUCUGUGAAGCGCUUGGAGCGGGUUCGCCCAAGCAUGACGCCGCCCAACCCGCUAGGUCAGCCUGCAGCUUCUGCGAAGGAGCCUGCAGAGGCACAAGAGGAAUCAGUGGCGGUGCCAGAGGCUGCUCCAAGCGCUUCUGUCAACCAAUUUGAGGUCGAACGCCGCGAGGAAUCGCCAAAGAACUCUUUGACCCCAAUGCCCGGGCACGGGCGAAAUCUUCCAACAGGAAGCUGGCAGGACACCCAGGACAAGCUCCAACAGGAGUGGUACUCAAAGUUGGCUGCGGGCGUGGAUGACAACGAAAAGCCCGGCCGGCGGGGAAAGGCUUCCCUGAGGGGAGCUGCGACAGGGUCACGCAGGGUGGGCGCCUCCUUGCGUGGAGCAGCCUCCGCUUCCGCAAGCGCUGCUGGCAGCCAGAUGGGUAGUCAGGCACCUUCCCGUUCAUCGCAGUCUCCGGCCAUGUCGCCAAGGAGUUCCGGAACAGAAGGGUCGAGUCCACAAGCGGCGGCUCCUGCGGGCUUCCCGGGCUUCUCCGGCCCUGCGGGACCUCCGGCGGGUUUAGGGCCCGGUCCGGCUUUGGGGCCCGGCCCGACUGGCAGGCCACCACGUGGUCCAGGGCCACCAUUAGGAGCGCGUGGGAAAGGCCCCAGUGGCCCCACCCCACAGUCCCAGGUCGCACCCAAUUGGGCCUUUUAG